CGCGCGCGGAGUGCGGAGAGCUCGCGCCAACCCGCCGAACCCCUUCUUUGCCUCUGAGGCGAGAAAAGCGGGGAGGGGGCGAGAGAGAGAGAAAGCGCGCACGCGCGUAGGGCCAUAAAAAAGGGCGGGAGACCGAGGGGCCACUAUUUUCCCCCUCGGCGUCGCGCUAUAAAAGGGAAGCCGAGGCGCGAGGGCAAAGAAGGGCGGGCGGCCGCCCUCAGCGUGAGGGGAAAAAAGAAAGCAUAGAGUGAGAGAAAAGGAAGCUUUAAGUGAAGGGAAAAGAAGCUCUGAGGGGGGAAAGAAGAUCGGAGUGAGGGGAAAGGAAUCCUAGAUUGCGGGGGAAAGAAGCCUAGAGUAAAAGGAAAAGACGCCUUGAGUGAAGAGAAAAGAAGUCCUAAAUGAGGGGCAAGAAAGCCUAGAGUGAAGGGAAAAGAAACUCUGAGUGAAGCGAGGGGGAAAAGAAGCCUUGACUGAGGAGAAGAGCCUUGAGUGAAGGGGAAAAGAAGCCUUGCCUCCUCCCCGCUCUUUCUUUCCCUCUACUCACUUUUUCUCUCCCUUCCUUCCUUCCUUCCUCUUCUCUUUUCCCGUUCGCGGCAUGAUUUCAGCCAUCUCCAGCCCGUGGCUGACGCAGCUCUCGCACUUCUGCGACGUUGCCGCCUUCACGGCCAACAGCCUCAGCAGCCUGAACGCGGCGGCGGCGGCGGCGGCCACGACGGGGGGCUACCACCACCUUUCCCCGUCGCCGGGGGACCCCUACGGCCCUCCCGAGCCGCCCCACUACGAGCCCUGCUCGGCCCAGGCCCAGCAGCAACACCCGCCGCCUCCUCCGCCUCAGCAACCGCCGCCUCACCACCACGCCAGCCAGCAACAAGCCCAACAACAACAACAACCGCCGCCGCAACAGCAGCAGCAGCAGCCGCCGCCGCCGCACGGCUAUUCCUUCCCGGGAGGCUCCGGGUCGAACCCUCCACCGGCUGGCUCCGACGAGGCCCCCGAAAGAGGAGGAGGAGGAGGCGGAGGAGGCUCGGGCUCGGCUUCGUCCAAGGCGCCCGUCAAGAAGAACCCCAAAGUGGCCAACGUCAACGUCCAGCUGGAGAUGAAGGCCCUCUGGGACGAGUUCAACCAACUGGGCACCGAGAUGAUCGUCACCAAGGCCGGCAGGAGGAUGUUCCCCACUUUCCAGGUGAAGAUUUUCGGGAUGGAUCCGAUGGCCGACUAUAUGCUCCUGAUGGACUUCGUCCCGGUGGACGACAAGCGAUACCGCUAUGCAUUUCACAGUUCCUCCUGGCUGGUGGCUGGCAAGGCAGACCCUGCAACACCAGGGAGAGUUCAUUACCACCCGGAUUCUCCAGCUAGAGGAGCCCAGUGGAUGAAACAGAUUGUCUCCUUUGAUAAACUCAAGCUGACUAACAAUUUGUUGGAUGACAAUGGACAUAUCAUUUUGAACUCCAUGCACAGAUACCAGCCUCGUUUCCACGUGGUCUAUGUGGAUCCAAGGAAAGACAGUGAAAAGUAUGCGGAAGAGAACUUUAAGACCUUUGUUUUCGAGGAGACCCGCUUCACUGCGGUGACCGCCUACCAGAACCAUCGAAUCACCCAGCUCAAGAUUGCCAGCAACCCUUUUGCUAAAGGAUUCCGAGACUGUGACCCAGAAGACUGGCCCAGAAAUCACCGACCUGGGGCCCUCCCUCUCAUGAGUGCUUUUGCCAGAUCCAGAAAUCCUGUGUCUUCCCCAGUGCAUCAGAAUGGAACCGAGAAAGAUGCAGCAGAAAGUCGGAGGGAAUAUGAGCGGGAAGCAGCCGGUGGGACACCUCUCCAUGCCGAUCCUGCUCACCAGCAGCUCAUGUCAAGGGUCUUAAGCCCAGCGCUCCCUGUGCCGGGUGGAGGAGGCCUGGUCCCACUCACUAGUCCAGUGGGAAGCCGGCCCAGCCCCCCACAUCACGAACUGCGGCUGGAGCCCUCUGCUUCGGAACCCCUUCACCACCAUCCCUACAAGCACCCAGUCUCAGCCUACGACCAUUACCUGGGAGCAAAGAGCAGACCAGCGCCCUAUCCUUUGCCCAGCAUCCGGGGACACAGUUACCACCACCACCACCACCACCACAUGAAUCCAGCGGCGGCGGCUGCAGCGGCUGCAGCGGCUGCAGCUGCCAACAUGUAUUCCACUGCAAGUGCGCCUACCAGUUAUGACUAUGGACCAAGAUAACGUCUCGGAAACAAGGUCCUUGAGCUAUGACUGGCUUUCUGCAUGGUUUGAAUUGCUCAGUAGCAUACGUUUUUGGAGAGCACUAUUUUGUCCAAAGAACUUGCCCCCAACCCUCCCUGUUUCCUUCCUUUCUCACACCACUUUUCUCCUGCUCCUCCUCCUGUACCCCAUCCCCACUCGCACCAUCAGAUUCAUCCCAGAGGAUGAAAUGAUCAGCCCAUUUGAUUUGGCAGACCUGGCGUAUAUGAUGGAUGGAGCCUGGAGCUUCCGCUGAAGUGUUCUGCUCCACCUGCUACCAUAUCUGAACAAUGCCAUUCUCUUCUCCCCACUCUUCCCUGGACACAGUGAUUGGCAGCUGGACUUUUUCUUUGCUUUAUAAAUGAAGCCAUAUGUUGCAUUAUUCCCUUGCAGCUGUCAUCAUAGCAACCUUUUAGCACCUAUGCAGUUCUUUACUUCUUCAGAAUGCUUGAUGAAUGCUGCUGCUUAUAGUACUGCCAUGAAAUAGGCAGGUCAGGCCAUCCUGUCAAUGGGGGACUGCAAAUUGAAAGCAAAGCAUUGAGACAGUAUAAUUUAUUUUUGGCUAAAGCCAAUCUAAGGCUGUCUGUAGUGGUGUAAACCAGAGAGGGAGGAUGUGUCCCUCCAGAUGUUAUUGGAAUCCAACACCUAUGGUUCCUUACCACUGGCCAAGCUGCCUAAGACUAAUGGGAAUUGUAGGCCAACCAAACUGGAAGGCUGCACAAUUACCACCUCAAAUCUAAAAUGAUUUGUACAGUGGAAAGGGGCUGUGAAGCAUAUGUAUUGCAUGUAGAAAAUCCCAGGUGCCAUCCCAGCAUCUACCAUUUUUAAGAAAGCAGGUAGCAGGUGAUAGGAAAAACCUGAAAACCUGGAGAGCUGCUGCCAGUCAGCCUCAAUAGUAAGUAGUAGGUGAGAUGGACCUGGUAUGUACCAAUGUAACCUGGAUACAGCUCUUUUCUAUUUAGAAGAGGGCUUGCAAUGCAGCAAUAGGGCAAAUGCUCAUGGCAGGCUUUUCCAGUUAGGCUGGCAGGUGAUGGAAAAGAUUCCUACUGGAGGGCCUCAGAGGUGCUGCCAACAGAUAAUUCUGGGUGAAGUAGAGAGAUCCAUCUGGCCUAGUAUAAGAUGAUAGUAAACAUUUAUUCUUAACAUUGGCAAGAGUGCUGAUGCACAAAGGCCUGUGCAACCUACAAGUUGGUUGCGCAUCAGCCAUGGCCAUGGUGUGUACAGUCUGUGUAGCACAAGAGUGCUACCACAGCUGUAUUUUUCUGACAUGGUCAAAAAGAGAGCUAGAGGCAGGGAACACUCCAAGUGAUGUUUUCAGCAACUGUACAAGUUAUUUGGAGUCUUUCCUCCAUGUUGCUGCUGGAGUGUCCCUGCAGAAGGAAUACAUCCCAAGCAUGUCGGACAUGAAAUAAACAGCUUUCUUCAGCAUCUGGAAUUUUCUCCCUGUCUUUUCCUCUUUGCACAGUUUCAUCAGUGGUCUAGUGGCAUCUAUUUGUCUUCUUUCACCAGGUCUCUUAUUUUCAAAAGGUACCCUUUUUGUCUCAGUCCAGUCAAACAAUGGUCUGUUGCACUGGGACUCUGGUUCCAAACUAGACAGGGAAGGCCAGGUGGAAGGGCUGAAACUCCCAGAAGGAGGUGUCCCAUAAAUGCUUACCCUUCCAGCAGCAUGAUGUUUUCACUGAAUGCAAAUUUAAGUGAUCUUUCAAAGAUUGAGUCUCUUCUAUAAAUCUUCCUAGAAAGAGUGCAGAUCUAUGUACGUAUGUUGUGUUGCAAGUUUUGAAACAGCAAGUAUUUAAUUUAUUUCUUUUGUACAGGGUUAGGGCAUUGUUUGUAUUCAGCAGCAAACAGCAAGGCUGAUAUAACCGAACCUGGAGGGACUAGGGUCUAAUCUGCACUGUGGAAAUUAUUCAGGUUGACACCACUUUUACCUGCCAUGGCUCCAAGCUGUGGAAUCUUGGGGUUUGUCAUUUGUUGUGGUGGCACCAGAGC